GUUCCUUGAGACAAUUUUCAAGAAACGAGGCGUAUAGUGUGGAAAUAAUAAUAAUAAUCAUAUUCAUACGGAGGCUAAAUACACACUUAAGAAAAGGGGGUCAAAGGCGGAAAAGGAGGACGCCUCCAAGUCACAGCACUGAGACUCUAAUGUCGCUCUCCGAUGUGCGUCUGACCCAAAAACUCGGCCAUUCAGCGGUGAUGGGAUGCGGGAGAUCUGCUCAGCUCCCUUGCAGCUGUUCAGGUGGCCGAGGAUAGGACCAAGACGUCGGUCAGAGUCACCGACAGAGCGGGCCCGUUGGUUCUCCGCCCGAUUAGUGCGCGAAUGCGCUUGGGAGACUCCGGAGAAAGCGGCCCACGGAGGAGCGUUUUCAGAGCCUAAAUCCCGUUGUUUUUUGUCCGUCACCGUGAGAGUAAAUCGAUCUCUUUACAGCUUCGCGGAGCGGAUGGAGUGAGCCGUGCCAAAAGAGGAGGGGGGUAGUCAGACUGCAGCUCGGUUGCGUGUGAUGAUAGGAGACACAAUGACGCUCCUGUCUCUUUUGGGUCGGAUCAUGCGCUAUUUUCUUCUCAGGCCGGAGACGUUGUUCCUUCUGUGCAUCAGUCUGGCGCUGUGGAGCUACUUCUUUCACACCGACGAGGUGAAAACCAUCGUCAAGUCCAGCCGGGAUGCCGUGAAGAUGGUGAAGGGGAAAGUGGCGGAGAUGAUGCAGAACGAGCGCCUGGGAGGCCUCAGCGUCCUGGAUGCGGAGUUCUCCAAGACCUGGGAGUUCAAGAACAACAACGUGGCCGUGUACUCCAUACAGGGCCGGAGGGAUCACAUGGAGGACCGGUUCGAGGUGCUCACCGACAUCACCAACAAGAGCCACCCGUCCAUAUUCGGGAUUUUCGACGGUCACGGGGGAGAGGCUGCAGCUGAUUAUGCCAAGGCCCACCUGCCUGAGUCUCUGAGGCAGCAGCUGCAGACCUUGGAGAGGGAGAAGAGGGAGAGCGCUGUCUCUUACGCCAGCAUUCUUGAGCAGCGCAUCCUGACUGUGGAUCGGGAGAUGCUGGACAAGCUCUCCGCCAACCAUGAUGAAGCAGGUACCACAUGCCUGAUGGCUCUGUUGUCAGACAGAGAGCUCACUGUGGCCAACGUUGGAGACUCUCGCGGAGUGUUGUGUGACAAAGACGGGAACGCCGUUGCACUGUCGCACGACCACAAGCCAUACCAGCUGAAAGAGCGCAAGAGGAUCAAGAGAGCAGGAGGUUUCAUCAGUUUUAAUGGAUCCUGGCGAGUUCAGGGAAUCCUGGCCAUGUCUCGGUCCUUGGGGGACUACCCUCUCAAGAACCUGAACGUGGUCAUUCCCGACCCAGAUAUAAUGACCUUUGACCUGGACAAACUACAGCCUGAGUUCAUGAUCCUGGCAUCCGACGGCCUUUGGGAUGCCUUCAGUAAUGAGGAGGCGGUGCGCUUCGUCCGCGAGCGCCUGGACGAGCCUCACUUCGGUGCCAAGAGCAUCGUACUCCAGUCGUUCUACCGCGGCUGCCCCGACAAUAUCACAGUCAUGGUGGUAAAGUUUAAAAGUGGAGCUGGGGGCAGUAGCAAGGCCGGUGUGUAGCUCACACUGUGCUCAGAAGGAUUUUUUUUUUUACCCCUCGUCUGGAUGCAGCAGGAAGGUUACAGGAAAGCUGAGGUGUGCACCUAUAACAAGUCGGCACAUAAAUUUCCUCAUGUAAAAAUAAAGCUAUGUUUUUCAAUCGUCAAGUUAUGCAGAAAAGGACAUUUAAACAUACUGUAACUAACCUUUGUAUGAAUGAUCAUUUCUUGAAAAAAAAAACAAAAAAACAUAAGUGCAGAGAAGGUACAGAACUACUACAGACACGGGAUUUUCUCUUAACCAGCACAUACCAGACUGUGACUGCUUUACUUCUGUUUACUAUAAAUUGCACAUGGACAGUACAACUCCACUGGAAGCUUUUUAUGGGAUGCUUUGAGGAAAAAACUGUUACUAUAGGAAGGUGCUAAAGCUGUAAAUGCAAAACCACGGGCUUGUGGUAAUAUGUUGAUGCUCUGAAUUGUAUGUAUCUAAUCUUUCUUAUUGAACAGAAGCAGUUUGUCAUAUGAAACAACAAGGCUACAGCAGAUCCAAUAUACUUAAUUAACUUGAAGCAUUGCUGUGCACAAAUCUAACCUUUGAGUGUACAAAACUUACCCCCUGCAUACUUGAAUGGUUCCUGUUUAAUGUUGACAGUCUCGCCCUUAGCAUGCAUUCAGCAUUAAUGCAUGCUGAACUGCAUGGAUUCUAUAAAUAAGCUGUCGACUCGACCAGUACGGCAGCAGACAACAGAGUGCUCCUGCUGUGACUUUGGAGGUCCUUUACUUAUCGAACUCUUAAGAAGCACAUGUUUCUACAUCUGUUUGCUGUCUUCCAAAAAGUAGUCAAAAAAAGUGUAAAUGAUAAAAGAGAAGCCUCUUUUAUUGCAAUUUCUGAAAUGAAAAAUUUAAUAGUUAAUUGGGGGUUUUUUGCAAACAAAAUAGAAUUUGCAGUUGAUUAUUUUUUAAUAAUUUUAGGUUUUUUUAUCCUAAUAUGUAAUCUAAGAUUUCACCAAGUCCAUAGAACAAUUAUACUAUUGUUUGUUGGUUUUGUGUUACGUCACACAAAGACAAAUAACGUGCCGGCAUCACUUUCCUAUGCAUCUGAAUGUCUGAAUGGAAAAGACAAAUCCUGAUCUUCAGGUAAACCAUCAAUUUUCCACUUAUAUGGAAACAUUCUGUGGCACUACAGACUUUCAGCUUUGAGAUGCUGUGGAAUUAUUGCAGUAAUGACCUGAUAAGAACAUUUCAACAUAUUAUAUGCAGACACUCUAUCUAGGCUGGAGAAGAUUUAAUUGCCUCAGCUGAGUGCUUCAAGUGACUCCAGCUGCUCUAAUUGUUUCGGCUAAUAAUCAUUCGAUUAGAUACAAGUGUCACUUUGCGACACUUGUGGUCCCUGAAGCGAAGUAUGCUUCCAUUUUCAGAGAGUCAAGAAAAAUGGGAUUUAAAAGGAAACAGUGAUUAUACAAAGUGCAGCUGGUUCACACCAGCUGCACUUUGAUGAGUAAUAAAAUACUCAUCGUUUCCAUCUGUAUACCAGCUGUUAAAGUAAUUUACAAUAAAGUGUAAAUUGCACACUCACAUAUUAAAUCGGUGUAACAUCCUGAUUUUUCACAAAAUACACUUCAUUUCCAUCUGUUCAGACCUGUGUAAAAUACAUUCUUUAGAUACACAUACAUUCAAGGCUGGAUAAAUAACAGCAUGGCAGAAGUGCUUGAUGAUCCUGACUCCCAACAUUAGUUUUGUCACAACAACAACAACAAAAAAAUGAAAACGUUGGAUGUUUUGUGUCAGCUGAUGCACAUUUUGGCUGUUGUUACUCGCUAAUGUUUAUGUUGCUGAUUUUUCUGGAAAUGACUACUAAAUAGCAUUUGCAAAGCUGAGAUGAUCAAUGUACUUUUUUUUUUUUCUGUGAACAGGCUUUGAUGGAAUUGUUUAAAAGGUUUCCGUCAAUUUUCUUUCUCCUUUUCCUAGGAGAAAGAAAUCUAAUUCCACAAAAAUAAUGUUUUUUUUCUUUGGAUUUUUUUUAACUCUUUCAAGUCUGCAGAAGGUGGGUGGUACUCAUAGAGAAAUUAUGGCCGAAACGGCGAGUUCGUUUAUUAAACAUGCACAUAAAAGCUGGGAAAACAAAGGAGUUUUUCAGAGUGCUCACAGGUUUUAAUGGUUAUUUGGACAUAUCAACCAGUUGUAACACUAACCUUAGUAAUAUUAAAAGGUUUUUAUGUUUGUAAAACCUGGUUCAGUAUCUGAAAUCUACAUCUUUUCAAUGUUUUCACCAUCUGCAGCAUCUCAAUGUUAAUGAACAAAGUAAAGUGUUGGUCAUAGCUCGCUGUUUUUGACCAGAUGAGCACACAAGACUUUGGGUGGUGAAACAAAUGAGAUGAUGAUUCAUUACCAGCAAUGCUGCUGGUAAUGAAGUGGAUAUGCUCUCAAAGCAGCACAGCUGAUUUUAUGGGCAGCAGCGACAUGUCAGAGAAAGUUCCAGUAAGCCACACUUGAUUUACUACUGCUUUCACUUCCUACUAUUACCUCUUUAUACCAUGACUAUGUUAUCAUUUGAGAGCAACCAUAAGAACUAUUUUUUCUUUAUUUAACAGGUUACCUGAUGCCUUAUUUAUUGAGUUUUUUGGAUGUCUCUGGCAGAUCGACAAGAUCUGCAUACUGUAUGUUUAAUCUCUGUCCUUCUGUACCUCAGUAGAAGUUUACAAUAAAAACAUUUUACUCUGACAA